AUGCUCGUCGAUGAUAUUGGUGACGUGACAAUUACUAAUGAUGGUGCGACGAUAUUGAAAAUGCUGGAGGUUGAACAUCCUGCUACCAAGGUUCUUAUUGAGCUGGCAGAAUUACAAGACCGAGAAGUGGGAGAUGGCACGACAUUUGUGGUCAUCAUAGCUGCUGAAUUGCUGAAGGUUGAAAAGCUUGGCAAAGAUUCACUGGUGAACAGUGCCAAGACCAGCAUGUCCUCAAAGUGUAUAGGUGGUGACAGUGACUUCUUCGCAAAUCUGGGAAUCAAUAUUCUUAAAGCCCAUGGACAAAGUGCCAGAGAUAGCUAUCUACUCAAAGGAUAUGCUCUGGAUACAGGGCGCGCUGCACAGGGAAUGCCAAUUACAAGACCGAGAAGUGGGAGAUGGCACGACUCUGUGGUCAUCAUAGCUGCUGAAUUGCUGAAGGUUGAAAAGCUUGGCAAAGAUUCACUAGUGAACAGUGCCAAGACCAGCAUGUCCUCAAAGUUGAUAGGUGGUGACAGUGACUUCUUCGCAAAUCUGGUAAUUGUAGCUUGUCUAGCUGUUGCGAACAUUGUGAAGUCUUCGCUUGGCCCUGUUGGCCUCGACAAGAUGCUCGUCGAUGAUAUUGGUGACGUGACAAUUACUAAUGAUGGUGCAACGAUAUUGAAAAUUCUAGAGGUUGAACAUCCUGCUGCCAAGGUUCUUGUUGAGCUGGCAGAAUUACAAGACCGAGAAGUGGGUGAUGGCACAACAUCUGUGGUCAUCAUUAGCUGCAGAAUUGCUGAAGAGCAAGAAACCGUCACCUUCCUCCAAUCCCACCAUAUUAUGAGCAUUAGGUACAGUAGGAAUAAGCAAAUGAAGGUUGACGUGAAGACGGUCGGCACCACGAUCUUGGCAACCUCUGACUCGAUAAGUACUUCCUCGUGUGCCCACUCGAUUAUCCACAGUGAAUAA